AUGGCGUCACCAGGAUCCCCGUGCGAGCUUCAUCCAGAACCCGACCCAGACGUGCACGGAUCGCAGUUUCACCUGUCCUCCUUCGCAGAUCUGAGGGGCGUUCCGGGCACUGAACUGCGCAAACUCACCGACAUUGCGAUUAUCGCCGCCGAAUCGAACGGAGAGCUCUAUGCCCCUAUCUUCCGCCAGCUGCAGAUCCGAGCAGACAAGUACCAGGAUUUCCACAGUGGUGUCAUCCGUAUCCUUCGAAAUAAGCACCACAAGAUCAUCCAACGGGGCACUGAUGCCAGUGUGAGGGACAUGACCGACUUCCUCCUCCAGGGCUUCGGGUACAUCAUUUGGAAAGCCGAUUCGGACUGGGUCCUGGACGAGACGGAUCUCGAUGAGGGGGAAGCUAAGUUGAUCUACGUGAAAGGCAGGAAUAACGUUCCAGACAGCAGGUUCUAUCCGAUCCUCGAGCCUCUCUGGCGCCAAAUGCGCAAUGUGAUGUUUACCCGCCGCGGACACGGCACAGCACGCCGUCCCAGAUUUCCCAGUGUCGCACCAACUGACGGCGAGGAGUCGUACCUGGGCGACGUAGACUCGCGUCCAUCUUCACCAGUGGCCGCUGCUCAUGCACGCGCUCGUGCUCGUGCUACCACGAAACUGGACAAUUUGGCGGCCCAAAUCGCACGGAUAGUUCCUCGUUCCAAGCCGAACAUGAGUUCCGAGGGUACAGAGGAUGCAAUCAUUGACCUUAUUGCUCGCCUCGCCGAGAUUCGCGCCAACAGUGAUCCACGCACGUUUGAGGAACUGUGGCAAACGCAUGUUAUUCGAGUCGAGGAGCUGGAUAAUGGGCAAGCAACGCACGACGACGAGCCAGAGGAGAGCAACACUGUCGGCCUCGCAGCAGCGACGGAGAAACAUCUUGGUGAGCACCGCGCGUCGCAAUCGAACGUGCCGUUCAUGACAGAGGGUGGCCCAGUCUUACCGCGAUCCCUGGUCUCCCGGGGGCUUAUCCCGCCAUCUCUCCCGUCGAUCAUGUCGGUGUACAUCAGCGUCUCUCGCCUCCCCACACGAGGACAAGGCCAUCUCAAUUCCAUCUCGCACACGGCAGCCGCACCCCUCGCACAAGCGUACCACUGGCCAUCGGCACCAGUCGAGGAGCACAACAUGGCAGCGUUUUUCACCGGCAUAUGCUACCGCGUCGACGUUUCCCCAUCAGCCGUUCUGGCAGAGGGGGAGGGUGGAGGUGAUGACCUCGCCAACUCGUCGAACCAGUGCCAAACCGGUGGUGCUGACGAUGGCGACAGCUCGGACUGCGAAAUGACGGAUGCGAUGAGCGAUCUCCCGGGUUCGGCCAAGCCAACUCUAGCAGAAUCCUCUUCUCCACCGAGUCCAACAUUGGAGAGGGGUCUCGACGACUUUACAGAAGAGGACUGGCGAGUCACUGCUCUAGGCUGGCGCGACUUUCAGCACGAUCUACGCCACGCCGCUCGGACGGGCACGCGGGUUUGGAGAAUGAAAGUAUGCGUCGUCACCGCGGCCGCGACCUCUUGA